AUAUAUAUACCGCUUGAGAAUAUAUAUACCGCAUAAUCCUUUCUCCUUUCGGUUCACUCCAUCAAGCGCAUAUAACCAUGAAGGAUGCCAUAGUUCUAUAUCCUUCUCCGGCCAUGGGACACCUGAUCUCCAUGGUGGAGCUAGGAAAGCUUAUACUCCGCAACCACCCUUCCUUCUCCAUCAAAAUCCUCAUCACCCACCCACCUUACAACACUGGCUCCACCACUCCUUACAUCAACCGCAUAUCCGCCACCACUCCCAUCACCUUCCACCACCUCCCCGCCGUCUCUCUCCCUCUCCAAACCUCCUCUCCUAACCACGAAACUCUGGCUUUCGAUUUCCUCACCCUCAACAACCCUAAUGUCCACCAAGCCCUUCUCUCCAUCUCCCAGACUCACACUGUCCAUGCCCUUAUCAUAGACAUGUUUUGUACCCCAGCUAUGUCUGUUGCAGCAGACCUCAAUAUCCCAGCUUACUAUUUCUACACUUCCGGUGCCUAUUGCCUUGCUGUCUUCCUUUUUAUGCCCACAAUCCAUCAAAACACAACCAAGAGUUUCAAAGAUCUCAAAAACACUUAUCUUGACAUCCCAGGUGUGCCACCAUUGCUAGCCACUGACAUGCCAAAGCCGCUACUCGAUCGCGCUGACAAGUCCUAUGAAGGCUUCAUGGAUGCAUCUAUCCACUUGCCAAAAGCAGCUGGAAUCAUUAUUAACACAUUUGAAUCACUUGAACCGAGAGUUCUCAAAGUAAUAUCACAAGGCCUUUGUGUCCCUGGUGACCUUACACCACCAAUCUAUUGCAUUGGACCCUUGAUUGCAACCCAUGAUGAUAAACCUGGUGGGGAUGGUGGCAGACAUGAGUGUUUGAUUUGGCUCGACUCACAACCGAGUCGAAGCGUUGUGUUUCUUUGUUUUGGUAGCUUGGGUUUGUUUUCAGAAGAGCAGCUGAAGGAGAUUGCAAUUGGGUUGGAGAGGAGUGGACAUAGGUUUUUGUGGGUGGUGCGCAGUCCACCUUCGGAGGACCACAGCAAGCGUUUCUUGGCACCGCCCGAGCCGGAUUUGGACUCCUUACUUCCUAAUGGCUUCUUGGAGAGGACGAGAGAGAGGGGACUAGUAGUGAAGCAAUGGGCUCCCCAGGUGGAUGUGCUGAGUCAUGACUCGGUGGGCGGGUUCGUGACUCACUGCGGGUGGAACUCGGUGUUGGAAGCUGUGUCCGCGGGACAACCGAUGUUGGCGUGGCCGCUUUAUGCGGAGCAGAGGAUGAACAGGGUGGUGUUGGUGGAGGAAAUGAAGCUGGCCUUGCCGAUGACUGAGUCGGAGGAGGACGGGUUUGUGAGUGCGGCCGAGGUGGAAAAGCGAGUCAGGGAGUUGAUAGACUCGGAGGAAGGGAAGUUAAUAAGGGACCAAGCUGAGGCAAAGAGAGAGGAGGCAAGGGCUGCAAUGAGUGAAGGCGGAUCCUCACGUGUUGCAUUGGCUGAGUUGGUUCGGAAAUGGAAGGCGGUAUGAGUUGAGUCACACCUAGUCUUCACUUGGUUUGGUUGACCCAUUAGAACUAAUAUAGCUCAUUUGAUGCUAUGCGUGCUCUAUGUUAAUAUGUUGAUAAUUAACUUGAAGCAUAUUUGAAGGACCAAUUUGAACACAAUAAAAAAUUAGAUCAUCAUAUGAAUCUCAGCCUACUGAGAUUUUGUGAUUGCAUAAUGCUUGGCUCGUUGGACAUGUGCUGUCUAUCAGUCUAGUAUUUUGUAUAGAAUCCAACGUUUGAAAGUGUUUCUUACAACUUUCUAUCUGUUUUUAGCACCUAACAAUGUAUGACAUUCCUUUUUGUCUUAUGUUUGUUAAUUUGUACUUCCUUCGUCCCUUAUUAGUAAUUUAUUUUUUUCUUUUA